AUGAAUGUGAAGGAUCGAAAGAGUGACAAGAAAAGACUUAGGGUUUGGUGUGAAAAUAGGUUUGACCAUAAAGGAAAGGUUGAGUGUGAGUGGUUUGUGUUUGCUUCAAUACUACCAAAGAAGUCUACAUUUAAGGUUAGGUCUGUGAACUUAACCCAUACUUGCAAGGGAAGGAUUGUAGAAGACAAGAUUCUCAAUAGAUCUGCAGACCCUCUAUUAGUAGUUGAAGUUAUACAAGAGCAGUUGAAGAAUGGCUCUGGAAAAGUAAUUCCAAGACCAAGACAAAUUCAAGAGGAUUUCAAGGCUUCUCAUCUCAUUGAUAUUACUUAUCAUACAACAUGGAAGGAUAGGAACUUAGUGAUGGAAACUAAGUAUGGGAGUUAUGAAGAGAGUUACAAACUAGUUCCUCAGUUUUGUAAGAUGGUGUGUGACUCCAACAAGGAUUCAGUUGGAACUUUUUCAUAUUGUAAUACUGACAUGGCUUUUGAGUCAACGACAAUAAGCUUUGCUGGAGCUAUCAAAGGAUGGAAGGAAGGGUGUAGAUCAGCUGUUGGGUUAGAUGCUUCUCAUCUAAAUGGUAAGUGUGGUGGUGUGUUGAUGGCUGCAACUGGGUUAGAUGGUCAAAAUGGUUUAGUCACAUUAGGAAUUGGUGUUUUUCCUGCUGAAAAAAUUGAGAAUUGGACUAUGUUCCUCACUGACUUGAAGCCACUACUCUUAAGCCAUGAAAAGCCAUUGACAUUCAUUUCAGAUAGGCAAAAAGGGCUUCUUGAAGCUGUUCCUGCUGUGUUCCUAGACUCAUAUCACAUAUAUUGUUGGAGGCACUUGUAUAACAAUUUCAAGAAGCACUUUAAGGGACAAAAGUUGUAUAGCUUACUGUGGAAUGCAGCCAAAUGCUACAAGAAGAAACAUUUCUAUAAACAUAUGGAAGAUAUGAAGAAGGAGAAUCCUGUUGCUGUGGUGUACCUUGAAAAGGAUGGUUUUGAGUCAUGGUCUAGGGCCUUUUUUUAUGACACUAGUAAGUGUGAACACCUAAAUAACAACUUUAGUGAGUCAUUUAAUUCCAUGGGAAAAAACCUUAGGGACAAACCAAUAUGUAGACUAGGAAUUCUUUAUAAUCAGUUGGUUAUGAGUUUGUUUCACAAAAGAAGAAAAGAAAGUGCAAAAUGGAAUCCAAAUGGAUUGGUUCCUAAUGCUAUGAAACUGAUUGGUAAAUUGUGUAAGUUGGUUGGUGCUUUUAAAGUAGACCCAUGUGUGAGUGGUAAAUUGUAUGAAGUUACAAAUGAGGGUAGCAAGGAAGUUUUUAUUGUGAACUUGGAAGAAAAGCAGUGCAGUUGUCUACAAUGGCAACUCAGAGGGUAUUGCUCUCAUUAUUACUCAGUUGCUGCAUACAGAGCCACAUAUGCUCAAGUUGUCUUUCCAUUUCCUCCUCAAGAAGAUUGGCCUGAGUUGGAAGAACAUGAAAAGUUUGAAUUGGAAUCUGCUAUCAAGAUCAGGAAAUCAGGAAGGCCUAGAGUUAAGAAGAGGAGAGCAUGGGAUGAGCCAAAAGUACCUACAAAGGUAUAUUCAUGUUCAAGAUGUAAAUCAACUGGUCAUAACAAAACUACAUGUCAAGGUGGUGAUGUUGGCAAGAAUCCAAAAGCUAAGAGGCAGAGAACCCAAGUAAAUGGUGUUAUCUUCACAUCUUUUGACAGACCUGUUCCUCAGAAGAAGCAAUCAUCUCAACCAUCUGGGAUUAGAAAAACAGCAGCUGCAUCUUCUUCUAAAGCUAAGAAAGCUUCUGCUAAAGCUUCUACAACUUCAAAGAAGAAGAACAUGAGUCAGACAAAGAAGUGA